CUUUGAACUUGAGGUAAUCCUAUAUCUGGGGAACUUGCUUCUUAUGUUCCAUCCAAGCAACUGGUCUCCAGAACGACUUCAGCUUGAGCGGUUCUUAUCGACUCCUCAUGGGAGAGGUUUCCAAAGACAUCUCUGUGAGAGCCCAAAUAUACGAAUCCAACACCCAACUUUAUCGGGACGACCUUUAAAAGCUGGGGAGAUCGAAUCAACCAACUUGUCAAGACUGAUCUCGAUCAGCUAGGACGAAUUCAACAUCCAACUUGUCGAGACCGACCUUGAAGAGCUGGGUCAAUGAAGCUAACACCCAACUUGUCGAGACGGACAUCGAAAGGUGCGAAGAUCGACAGAAUGGAGUUCAAAGACGACCCAGAGCCGCGCAGCUCGCGAUUCCGAAUAUCCGAGAGAAUUAAGUCGUCACGGUGCAACGAGUCGAGGAGUUCACUACUCCUCCCUCAUAACCCAGUCAAGAAGGGACCGCUAAACUCAGAUAGUAGGGACGGAGACUACGAGAAUGAGCAACGCGGGAAAGCUGCGAAAUCGAGAGCUCAACGAAAGGAAAAGUAUACUGCUGUAACUCUUACCCAGCCUGCUGGGAAGGUAGUUACCAAGACUACCUCGCCAAACAAUGUUCCAGGCCGCAAUUCUUCUACUGCGAGAUCGAGAGCUCAACCAAAGGAGGAGAAUGGCACUAUUGCCAUUCUUGCCCAAUUUGUUGAGAAGUACUUACCCAGACCACCCGAACUCCAUGGCCAACUAAUGUUCGUGGCCGCAAUCCUUCUACUGCGAAGAUCGAAAGCUCGACCAAAGGAAGAGAAUGGCACUGCCGUCACUCCUGUCCAACCUGUUGAGAAGGUAGAUAGUUAUCAAUACCAGCCGAACUCCAUCGCCAAUGUUCGUGGCCGCAGUCCUCCUGCGAAGAGCGACCAAAGGAAGCUAGUUUUGCCGUCAAGACCACCCGAACUCCAUCGCCAACCAACGUUCGUGGCCGCAGUCCUCAUAGCUACCACAAGAUUCGGGGAGAGGAGCUUACAAUCGUGGAAGGAUUUCCAGCAAUUCUGCUGUUACAACGGGCUGAAAAAGUCUGGCCAAAGACUGGACACUCUGAGGAAGCCAUUGGCACGACGCUGGCUUCUUCUCGGUGGGAUAUCUUGUGGCGGAUGUCCAUUGCAUCGGGCUGGUGGCGUAUUUUUUAGUAAGACGGGAACUCCAGCGUCUGAUAAUCAUUGUACAAUUAGAACAUCAUCGAUAUUAGAACGAGGAGCCCCAUACCUGACUCAUGCAGAUCAUUCCUACCAGAACCUCAAGAGCAUUUCGAUUCCACAAAUCGACAGACCUUAA